CAGCAGGUGACCCGUCCUCGAGAGAGACCUUCCCAUGCAGGAUUGAAUCCUCGCACAUGCAAGCAUCGCAGUCGGCGUUGACACGGCCCAUGGGGCAGGUGAUAUUGCAGGCUGGAGGAGAGGCAAGCAGGGACCAGGCUCAUUCCUGCAGCACUGAUGGGCGAUGUUCUGGUCAGGUAAGAAGGUGAUGAGGAUGGUCCCCUCCUGCGUGGCAGGGAUGGUUGGUGCUCACUGGGCACCUGCCCUCUUGCUCUGCCUGCGGCGACUUUGGGGCUCCAGUCAGGCUCUGGCAGGACUGGGGGGCUGCUAUCCUUCUCUGGAGGGAUAUUGUUGAUGUCAGGGCUGCAGCUGUUAAGCAGCUUUGAAACCGGGUCUUGGCAGGAUGAUGUCCCCCCACUCUCAGCUUGCGAGACCACAUUUUGGGUGAGGGCUGGCAGUGCCAGGGGUAGGUCUGCGUUUCUUUUUCCCCUCAAAUGUAAAGCACUUUGAAUGCAUAAAUUGCCCUUUGCGCCUCUGAACAAAGAGGUCCCAGACUGGUCCCUUAUUGGUGGUUAAAUUCAGAAGUGAUGGAGGGUUUAGGGGACUCUGAUGGACAGUGAUUAAGGGCUGCAGCAUCUCCUGGAUCUCCAGAGCUGGUUUUGCUGACACUUAAACUUAACUCAACACUUAAACCCACAAAGAGGAAGAAGCCCUCCUUUUGUGCUUGUGCCCAGGAGCUCUCCUGCAAGCAGAGCAGCCUCAGAGAUGGUGCAACCUCCCUCAGAGCUUGGGCAUUUCCUCCCAAAAAUAAGUGGCAAUAGGUUUAAUAAUGGAAAACCUCCCAUCCCAGGAAUUGCACCUCCUCCUCUGGGGGAGCAAUGCUGAGCCGCCACUGCCAGACUGGGAACUGUGGCUCCCCUGUACGCCGUAUACUUCUUAAUUUAAUAAAUGGGGAGGUGUGAACGUCUGUUUGAGUGUAGUUAAAGUCCCUGUGAUGCCCCUGGGAGCACGUGUGUUGGCGCUGGCCCCGGCAGGGCUUGGGGCUGUCCCUCUGUCAUCCCCACUGCUCUUUCUUUGCUGGCUGGAGGAGCAGCAUGUCCUCAGUUUCUCUCCCUGCCUUGCAUUGCACGUUGCAUUUUCCUUGUUAGCUCUCUGUACCUCCCAGGGCUUUGCACCACACGUGAAGCUCUCUCUGCAUUACACCAGAAGAAAUACAAAAAGAACAAAGUGGAAACAAAUACAAUGCAGGGGAAAAAAGAAGUGUAUUCAUUCAAAUGGCAAAAUGAUCCAAGUUUCUCCUUAUCCAUUCCCCUCUUUACAGCACUUCCAGUCCAGGCAUGCACCUGUGUUCAUCUGUGAUGCUCCCAUGGACCUGUGUGGUCCAGGAGCAUUGCUGGUGUGUGUAUGUGUCAGUCUGUGUGUGCUGCGAGUCUCCCGGUUGUCUGAGCAACGGGACGUUCACCACCAACUCUAAGGAUAAUUAACUCAUUUUCCUGUAUUUAUAGAAAACUGAUGCAGGGAGUUCUGGCAUUUAUCCCUGCUGGGGCUGCAUUUGGCCACAACAUCUUGAAUUUUGGCCAUUUCUUGCAGUACGGCAGCAUUGUCAUCAUCUCUGCUGCCUGCUCAUUAAGCCUCAAACCAGGCAGCUCAGUAAGCCCUCAAGGGCAGAGGUGCCAGCCCCUGCCUGAAGGUGCAACACCAGCAGCUGCCUGAGCUGCUCUGCCCGUGGGUGCCCACCUCCAUAUGCUCCGCUCCUGCUUUGCCAGCGCAGAGGAUGUCCGCAUCAGCGUUGCCAUCUCCAAAUGCCUGCAUAGGCUUGUGCUAAAAACAGCGUAACACCCAUCUCAGCUGCCGGCAAAGGAAAAUUUUGGAAGUUCGUGGCAGGGAUGUGAUGUAAAGACACACUGGAUCAUCCUGACUCAGCACCGUGGCAGUGGGAGACCCAUCGGGAAAGUCAAGGAACAUCUUCUCUCAGCAUCAGGGUGCGCGUGUGCCAGGGAAUGAGUGACAAGCAGCUCCAGGCAUCUCCCUGCCAUCUCGCCGUGGAGGGGGACACCAAUGUUUCAGCCUCUGGCUGCCCUGAGCACUGGGUCGAGCCCCGGUUCACGCAAGCAGCAAGGGUCCGUGUGAUCAUCACAGGCAUCUUCUUCUUGCUGGCAGCCGGCAGCAACGCGGCCGUGCUCAGCAGCCUGCUGAGGAAGAGGAGGAAAUCCCAUGUGCAGCCGCUGAUCCUCAGCCUGGCGCUGGCUGACCUGCUGGUAACAGUGGCUGUGAUGCCCCUGGACGCAGUGUGGAAUGUGACAGUACAGUGGUAUGGAGGAGACAUCUCCUGCAAGCUCCUCAACUUCCUCAAGCUCUUCGCCAUGUAUGCAGCCGCCCUGGUGCUGGUGGUCAUCAGCCUGGACCGACACGCAGCUGUCCUCCACCCCUUCUCCCGUGCUCACCGCCGCAAUGGGCUGCUGCUCCGUGCUGCCUGGGCUGCCAGCGUGCUCCUGGCUUCACCUCAGCUUUUCCUCUUCCAUCUGCACACGGUCCCAGGAGUGAACUUCACCCAGUGCGUUACUCACGGCAGCUUCCGCACACACUGGGAGGAAACCAUCUACAACAUGUUCACCUUCACCACCCUCUACAUCACUCCCCUGAGCGUCAUGAUCAUUUGUUACAUCCGGAUAAUUUGGGAGAUCAGUAAGCAGCUAAAGUUCAAUAGAGGUUUGAUAAGAAAUCAAAAUGACCACAUCUCCAAGGCACGCAUGAAGACUCUCAAGAUGACUAUAGUGAUUGUUGCCACCUUCAUCAUCUGCUGGACCCCAUACUACCUCCUGGGCUUGUGGUACUGGUUCCAGCCAUCCAUGAUCCAGAAGAUGCCGGAGUAUGUCAACCACAGCUUCUUUCUCUUUGGCUUGCUGCACACCUGCACCGACCCUGUCAUUUAUGGACUGUACACCCCCUCUUUUCGGGAGGACGUGCAGUUGUGUCUCAGGAGCAUUGAAACAGCCUUUAACAGGCAUGAAAGACACAAACCUGUCUCAGUCUCAGAGAAGACCACCAAGGAUGGUGCUGUAAAUGUUGGAGCGGCAUCAGGGGGCUCCAACGGGACAACAGUCAACACAGUCUGCUGAAGAGAUAUACCCACAAGGAGAUGGGAGGCACAGCUUUAGGGGCUGCUUUGUCCC